UUCAUAUGAUCUUUUUGUAUUUCAACGAUAAACAACAUCUUAAAAAAUACUAACUAUGAGUUUUAAAAAUAUAAUAUGUUAUGAUCUUAAUAACGGAAAUAAAAUUCCAGCCGUUGCUCUUGGCACUUUUUUGGUAGGUGACAAAUUACUCUACACUUACGUACUUGACGACGUUCUGGAAAAAUCAUUGAAUACAGCUUUAGAAAUCGGAUAUCGACACAUCGACACAGCUACAUUUUACUUUAACGAACACACCAUCGGUAAAGUUCUGCAAAAAUGGUUCACAUCGGGUAAAUUAAAUAGAGAAGACGUAUUCAUCACGACUAAGCUACCGUUCAACGCUCUCAGAGCGGAACUGGCGCCGAAAUAUUUGAAGAAAUCGUUAGAAAAACUGAAAUUGGAUUACGUCGAUAUGUAUCUAAUGCAUGGACCUUUCGGGUGGAUGGAAGGUGUCGAAUCUGACAAUAUGAUGCCUAAAGACGCAGAAGGCAAUUUGAAACUCGAAAACAUCGAUCAUAUAGCUGUGUGGAGGGCGCUGGAAGAACUAGUAGACGCUGGUUUGACAAAAUCAAUCGGUGUAGCGAACUUUAGCGAAAGACAAAUUCAACGUCUUUUAGACAACGCCAGAAUACCUCCGUCUAAUCUCCAAAUAGAAGUACAUUUAGAAUUUCAACAAACCUCGCUAGUCGAUUUUUGUCAGAGAAAUAACAUCGUAGUGUCAGCUCAUACUACGCUCGGAUCUCCUGGAAGUUUGAAACAAUUAUUAGGCAAAUCAAUUCCGAGUAUAAUGGAAAACCCUGGCGUGGUGAAAAUCGCCAAGAAAUAUAAAAAAUCUCCAGCUCAAAUCGCUCUACGGUUUUCGAUCCAACGAGGAAUCGUUGUGCUGCCAAAAAGUGUUCAUGAGAACAGAAUUGCAGAAAAUUUCGAUGUUCAAGAUUUUGAAAUCGAUGAUGAAGAUAUGGAAUGUUUGAAGAGCUUGGAUAGAGGGGAAGAUGGUCGAAGGCUUAUUUUUCAGGAACAUUUUCCUGGCAUCGAAAAACAUCCAGAGUAUCCGUUUCCUAUUCUGCCGAAGGAGAAACUUUUAAGAAAGAAGUAAAUGUAUUUUCAACGUUAUUUUGAACAGAUGAGUAUGAAUUUAGUUCCGCGAGUUAUCAUACCUAAAAUCUUCAGUUAAAAAAAAGAGGAAAAAUUUGAAAAUAUUUGAUAAUAAAUCUAUUUUUUGUAGUAA